CACACUUCCACAUCCUCACUCUACCGCUGAAUCUACUCCUCCCGAAGACAGAAAUGACUACGGUAAACUACAAGCUCGCGAUCGAAGGUUGGCCGGAGUCGGAGCGUAUUAUUAUCCGGAACAGGAUGACCUCGCCAAGUGUCAUAGCGUCCUUCCCUCUUGAUUUUGUGCGCAGGGGUGGUGACAACAGCUGGCAUUACAUCCUGGCUAUGGUAGAAAGUGUCGUCGACCCGGAGCCCGGACAAUUUGGACUCAUACUCGACCCUUCAGGGCUACCGGUCGACAUGGAGGCCUCUCCAACUGGUGGUGAUUUCUGGUUUGAGAGUGGAAGCCAAAACACGCCGACCUUCACGCGGGGUCCCGAGUACUUCACCCGUUUUCGGCCCCCCAACCCCGAAGGCAGCUACUCCACCCGAUCCGACUCCAAGAGAUCCAGCAUCAACCAGAUCUACAUGAGCCUACUCAAUUGCAUCGGUGCCCCGCCUUUAUUCUCGCCGUCUGUUGGGCUCCUGCUCCGAGACGAUCUACAUCACGCGUAUGAUCGAUUGGAGUGGUCGUUGUACCUGAAGAUCCGAGGCUUGUGA